UAUGUAAUUGUCCUCUGUGUUUGUUGCGAUCUCAUCUCCCUCACUUCUGUGUUCUCAGGUCCCAUCUCCUCCAAUUUCCCUCCCCCAUCGAAGUUGACCUUUCAUUCCACCAUUUCGAAUCCCAAGACUCAGGUCUGGUAACUAUCCAGGUUGUUGGGUGUAGAAGGGAACGAUGGCAGCUUCAGAGGAGAAUAGUGCACUGUUCCCAAUAUUCAUUUUGACAAUAAUGGCCAUUCCUAUAGUGCCAUAUACAAUAACAAAGUUGUGCCGAGCUGCCUCUAAGAAAUCAAAGAGCAUACACUGUCAGUGCUCUGAAUGCUCGCGGUCGGGCAAGUACCAUAAGUCGAUAUUCAAGAGGAUUUCGAAUGUGUCGACCUGUAGUAAUAUGACAUUAUUACUGCUUUGGGUGAUUAUGAUUAUUCUGGUUUAUUACAUAAAGACCAUGAGUCGUGAGAUUGAAAUUUUCGACCCAUUUAGUAUUCUAGGGUUAGAGCCUGGAGCGGCAGAGUCUGAAAUAAAGAAAAAGUAUAGGAGACUUUCAAUUCAAUACCAUCCAGAUAAAAAUCCGGAUCCAGAGGCACACAAGUACUUUGUUGAGUACAUUGCCAAGGCUUAUCAAGCUCUUACAGAUCCAAUAGCUCGUGAAAAUUAUGAAAAAUAUGGCCAUCCUGAUGGCCGACAGGGAUUUCAAAUGGGUAUAGCUCUUCCACAAUUCCUGCUAAAUAUUGAUGGGGCAUCUGGGGGAAUACUUCUGCUUUGGAUUGUUGGUGUGUGCAUUCUCUUGCCACUGGUUAUUGCUGUUGUUUAUCUCUCCAGAUCGUCAAAGUACACUGGCAACUAUGUGAUGCAUCAAACACUUUCCACUUACUAUUACCUCAUGAAGCCUUCCUUGGCCCCCAGCAAAGUCAUGGAUGUUUUCAUCAAAGCUGCCGAAUAUAUGGAAAUUCCAGUUCGUAGGACUGAUGAUGAACCUCUUCAGAAGCUUUUGUUGUUGGUAAGAAGUGAGUUGAAUCUUGACCUCAAGAACAUUAAGCAGGAACAGGCUAAGUUUUGGAAGCAGCAUCCUGCACUAGUUAAGACAGAGCUGUUAGUUCAAGCUCAGUUGACCCGUGAAUUUGCAUCCUUGUCUCCAUCUUUACAAAGUGAUUUCAGAAGAAUUUUAGAAACAGCACCUCGCCUUCUUGAAGAAUUAAUGAAGAUGGCAGUUAUACCCCGAAACGCUCAGGGCCAUGGUUGGCUGAGGCCUGCAAUUGGUGUUGUUGAACUUUCUCAAUGUAUCAUCCAGGCUGUUCCUCUCAGCGCUAGAAAAUCUACUGGUGGAUCACCUGAAGGCAUUGCACCAUUUCUACAGUUGCCUCACGUUAGUGAGACUAUUAUUAAGAAGGUGGCCCGCAAGAAGGUGAGAACAUUUCAGGAACUUCAUGACAUGGACUCUCAGGAGCGAGCUGACCUGCUUAUUCAAACAGGUGGCUUAUCUUCUGCUGAAGUGCAAGACAUUGAGACUGUACUGGACAUGAUGCCUUCCUUGACACUUGAGGUAACUUGUGAGACCGAAGGUGAAGAGGGUAUACAAGAGGGUGACAUUGUGACAAUCCAUGCUUGGAUAAAUGUUAAAAGGGGAAAUGGCCUGAUUGGUGCUCUUCCACACGCCCCAUACUACCCAUUUCAGAAAGAAGAAAAUUACUGGUUUUUGCUUGCAGAUUCUACUUCAAAUAAUGUAUGGUUUUCUCAGAAGGUUAGUUUCAUGGAUGAAGCUGCUGCUCUAACUGCUGCAUCUAAGGCAAUUGAAGAAUCUAUGGAGGGGUCAGGAGCAAAUGUGAAGGAGACAAGUAGGGCAGUUGCAGAAGCAGUUGAGAAGGUGAAAGGGGGCUCUAGAUUGGUAUUGGGAAAGUUUCAGGCCCCUUCAGAGGGUAACUACAGUUUGACUUGCUAUUGUUUGUGUGAUUCUUGGUUGGGCUGUGACAGAAGGACAAAUUUGAAGCUCAAAAUUUUGAAACGGACUCGGGCUGGCACCAGGGGUGCUGUUUUGGCCGAUGAAGGACCUAUCACGGAGGAUGGAGUUGAGGAGGAUGAGGACAAUGAGGAUGGAGAGUAUGAUGAUGACUAUGAGAGUGAGUACAGCGAAGAUGAAGAAGAUGAUCAAAACACAAAAAAUAAGCAUCAAGCUGCCAAUGGCACCGUUAAUAAACAUGGUCAAGGUGCAGAAAGUUCCGGCUCUGAUGAAGAAUGAUAAGUCUUUUCCUAACUUGAUAGAACCAUAAUUUUCUUCUUUUUCCCCUCUUGGAUGGUAGAACUAUAUCAACUGUAGAAGUUAUAGUCUGCGUUGUUCAUUUUGUUUAUCGGUUGGACUGCGUUGAUGCUUGGACUUCUGUCAUAUUCUAGUUCAGCUGAUAUCAUCGUGAUUAAGUUGUCAUAUCAUCUGAAAAUUUCGAGUAUGGUAAACGAGAGUAAGGAUAUAAUUUUGUUUUUACAAGUGUACAACUUCUAUUAAAUGUUUUGUCGAGAAA